UUGGUAUCACUUUAGUUCAGCACAUUCCUGUUUCAGCUGUUAAUUGUAUCAUGAUCUUGCUUCUGAUAUCAAGUCCUUAACAACAAAUGUUCUGGCUGGCCAGUGACAUUGAACGAAGCCUAACGUUAGCCAAGCACUUCAAAAACUAAUUACCGCAUUAACAAUCCUUUUAUUGUGAUAUAAGAUUUAUACACAUGCAUUGAUAUCUAUUAACAACCAUACACUGUUCAAGAUAACUCUUCAAAUUUUUUAUCAGUUAUUUUUGGGAGGCUACUAUAGAUAAAAUAUUCACAGAUUCACACUACAUCAGAGCCACUUUAAAAGGUUUUUCGCGGUUUUUUUUAUCUGAUACAUCUAACAAUUGGAUUUUCUCAACUCUUUCAUUCAUCAAACUUAGAUUGUCAAACAAGACUUCCACCCAUUUAAGAAUCUUCCGUCAAUAUGCUGCCCUGCCGUAAAGCUCCACGAAAGAAAAGUAUGUUGCGGAUACUUCCCAUACUUACUGCAGCUGAGAUUUUUGCAUCAUUUCUCAUUACGUAUAUCAUUGGUGUUAUAAAAAAAGAUGUAGAUGUCUUCCUACCCUAUAUCAGUUACACAUCUGUUGACGAACCACAGAAAUCGGUCUUCUCGCAGUCAUUGAAUAUUGGUGCUCUUUUGUUGGGUUUCAAUGCUUAUAUUCGUUUCUUACAAGUAAAAGCUUGUUAUGAAAAUUUAUCAGCAAAUGAGAACCGUCUUAAUAAGGCUGGCCUUGUACUCGGUCUCAUCUCAGCUUUUGGUCUCAGUAUGGUUGGCAAUUUCCAUGCAAGAUAUGCUAAAGUUCCACAUUAUUUUGGUGCAUUUUUAGCCUUUGCUAUAGGCUCUGCCUACUGCUGGGUACAAAAUUUCCUAACUGGCAAGGAUACCUCCGUUUGUAUCAAACGAGUUCGUUUUGUCGUCAGUGUCCUGGUUUCAAUUUUACUCGUUACUUUUAUAAUCACAGUAAUAUAUUACAAGCGAAAUAAAUAUCAAGGUUCAAAAUAUACUGUUCAUAAAGGAGUCUAUCUCACAUCAACAUGCAGUGAAUGGCUACUUGCCUUGAUGAUUCUUAUCUAUGUAGGAACGUUCUUCCAUGAUUUUCGGCAUGUACAGUUCAAGUUUCCUAGCACAAUCUAUAAGGAAGCUAAUGCUUGUGAUCAUGAGAUGAAUGAUUCUGAAGCAGCCACUGGGCUUUGAUAAUGUGAAUACUACUUCUUUAACUGUGAAAAUUGUGCCUUCCUUAUAUCAUGAAGAAAACUUAUAAAGGAAGGGAAAAAAUAUAUUUUCCAUCUAAUAUCCUUUCUAUCAGACUGAAUGACAAAUGAGUAAGAAAUUAAAACUUACCAAAGAAGAAAACAGAAUGAGAUUGCAACCACCAAACAAAUCAAUUUGAUUAUUCAGAACUAAGUCAAAAAGCUCAUUUAAUAUACUUAAAAUCUUUUUUAUAACUUUAUACUGAGAGAUAUUUUACAAUUUCAGUUUGGUUUUGGGUAAUUUCCUAUUUGAUGUUUGUAAAAUCAUAAAAAAAUAAUAAAUGCACCCUUUUAAAGCCUAACCAGGCUCAUGGGCCCGGUUUCCCGGUUUCAAUGGCAUAUGUGUUCCCCAGCUGGACGGGACACCAGUCCAUCGCAGUGUUACUC